AUGGCAGGCGCUCCUGGAGGAAACUCGCGCGGCCGAGGCGGCAAGUUCAAGAAGCCCACACGUGGAGGCGGCAAGCACUUCUCGCGCGACCUCCGACCCCUUGAUGCCGACGGCAAUGAGAUCUCCAUGUGGAGCACCGACGCCGUAAAGAAGGACGAGUCUGGCUCCGACGAGUCCGACGAAGACUCCGAGGAAGAGUCCGAUGACGAAGGCGGCCCCUCAAACGCUGCGGCGCAGGAACUCAGUCGUGAGGAUCGCAAGAAGGAAAAGAAGGCCCGCAAGGACGCCGCCAUCGCCAGGGCAAAAGCCGCCGCCGUGCAGGUCGGCGACCUGCCUCCCAGCGACGGCGAGUCUGACGAAGACGAUGACAUGCCCGCCAAUCCCAAUCACUCCAAGGCAGCGCGCAAGCAGCUUGAGCCAGUCAACGUUGACGAGGCGGCCGAGGCUGUGUCUGGACUGAGCAUCAAGCAGCCGCAGAGCCGGCGUGAACGAGAGGCUCUCGAGGCUGCUCAGGCUCAGGCCCGCUACAGGAAGCUGCACGAGGAAGGCAAGACUGACCAAGCCAAGGCUGACCUGGAGCGGCUGGCGGCCAUUCGUGAGAAGAGAGAGGCCGACAAGGCCCGGAAAGAGGCCGAGCGCCAGGAGAAAGAGGAGCAGGAGAGGGCUAAGAAGGCUGAGAUUGAGGCAAAGGAGGCAAAGAAGCGAGAGGCGGCCCUCGGUAAGGCGGCGCCGGGCAAGAAGGGAGGGAAGAAGUCAAAGUAG